UAUUUUCACUGUACAGUUAGUUCUUUUGAAGCGUUGCUCUACGGAGUAUUCAGCGGGCAUCAUGGCGAAUAUGGAGUUGGAUGAUUUCGGGGUUUGCUUUUUUUCUUUCAUCUUUGUUUUAUCUUGGCUUGAUCUACCACACGCUGAUCAUCCCCUCAAAAGCCCUCACGCAGGUUUCACCACUGCAGUUGCGAUUACAGUCUCGGGAACCCAGUUGCCAUCAGAGCAGUGGGGAUAUUUCUGGACAUGGCGUUUUGUUUUUCGUUUCGCUUUUUGCUUUCUGCCUGCCUAUUACUUACCUGCCCACUAACGACUUACGACCGGAUGGAUAUUGUGACUUUUUGAACUUUGCGCCGUUUCACUCUUGUACACUGGUUUGUUAAUACUAUUCUAAGCAGCAACUGUAUUAAUCUGAAAGGAUGAAUUAUUUGAUUGGC